AUGGCAAACACAGCAGCACCAAUAGUAGCAACAGGAGCUGCAGCAGCAGGACCAGCAGCAGCACCAGCAGUAGCAUCAAUAGCAGCAGCAGGAGCAGCAGCAGUAGCAGCAGCAGUAGCAGCAGCAGCAGCAGCAGCAGCAGUAGCAGCAGCAGCAGCAGCAGCAGUAGCAGCAGCAGCAGGUGUUUUGUUUGUUUCUCAGGAGGACGUGAAGCCUGGGAAUGUGCUGCUGCAAGAAGGAGACUGCAAGCUAGCGGACUUCGGGCUGAGUUGCUUCGUCCCCAAGGGAGAGACAAAACCCUUCACAGGCGGCGGGACCCUCUGGUACCAAAACCAGCAGCAGCAGCAGCAGCAGCAGCAACAGCAGCAGCAGCAGCAGUUGCUGCCUUUAGUGGUGCUUGCAGAUGAAAAGAUUGACAUAUGGGCAGUGGGGUGUAUCCUUUACGAGAUGCUCUUUAACAAGCGACCCUUCUGCCGCGGACUCUCGCCGGGCCAUGCCGAUCCUUCAGCGCACAUCAUUGCUAACGCUAAGGAGGGGCUCUUCGUGCCCAGUGGACCCCGCAAGAUCUCAGAUGCAGCAGAAGAUAUGCUGCGUGGCUUGCUGGCGUAUGACCCUCAGCAGCGGCUGUCGUUGGAGCUGGCGUUGGCUCACCCCUUCUUACACAGACCAGCAGCAGGGGAGGAGCUGGCAGAUAGAAUAGAGGAGACGAUACUUGCACUGGAGAAACAAUAA